UGCCACGUCUGCUGAAGUUCUCCGAUGUGGCAUAACUCUACUGGUCCCUCCCACGUAGAUCCUCGAGCUCUUUCCAAGCCACCCUACGGGUUCAAUACUCUUCCCUUUCUUCCAUCUCCGUUUGUUUCCCGAGAAACCAGAAGAAAAACAUCAGGGGAAAGAAAAAUAUCGAAAGCACCAUGGCAGUUCGUGCCACCGUUUCACGAUUCCCAAUGGACCAAGACGCACAGGAAUCUUCAGGCCUCCCUUGGGGAGUCACUGUGACCCCAUUCGCUGCCAAGGACGAGAAUGGCCAGCCUCCAACUUAUGGAUCGGACGGUGAUUUACUGCCUCGAUGCGAGAAUUGCUACGCCUACUUCAAUACCUACUGCGAGCUCGACCAGUGGGCGUGGACCUGCGCUCUCUGUGGAACCCUUAAUGGGCUCACCUCUCGCGCCAUUGCUCGUUACUCGCAUCCUCAGUCUUGUGCGGAGAUGAUGUCCUCGUUUAUUGAUCUUGAGUUGCCUAUUGAGGGGUCAGAGGAAGAAAUGAUGCAAGCUCGUCCAGUCUAUGUGGCAGCUGUGGAUUUGUCAUCUUCAGAAGAAUUUUUGGAGCUUACUAAGAGUGCACUACAAGCAGCUUUAGAAGCUCUUGCGCCUGGUGCUUUGUUUGGGCUUGCGACCUUCAGCCACAAACUGGGAUUGUAUGAUGUUCAAGGGCCUAUUCCGGUUGUAAAGAACAUGUUUAUUCCUUCUGAUACAGAGGGCACCCUGCCAAUUGAGCUUGAAGAUGCAAUGCCUUUACUACAAUUCUUGGCCCCGGUUGAUACUUGUAAGGACCGUAUUACAGCUGCACUUGACACACUUAGGCCAACAACUGCAUGGGAGAGAACAACAGGUGCAGGUCAAGGGCUAGAUGGUGUUUUGAUGGGUGGGCGGGGUUUUGGUGUUGCAAUGGAAGCCCUAUUUAAAUACCUUGGAUCAGAGUAUGGAAACAUAUUUGCUUUAGCUAGAGUCUUUGCCUUUCUAUCUGGUCCUCCUGAUUAUGGGGCUGGGCAAUUGGACACAAGGAGGUAUGGUGAACAAUAUGCUAGUAAGGGUGAGGAUGCAGACAGGGCUUUACUUCCAGAACAGACACCGUUCUACAAAGAUCUGGCUGCUGUCGCUGUUCAAGCAGGUGUAUGUGUAGACAUUUUUGCUGUUACAAAUGAGUACACGGAUUUAGCAUCCCUCAAGUUUCUUAGCAUUGAAAGUGGGGGCUCAUUGUUUCUGUAUUCAAAUACAGAUGACUCGACACUUCCUCAGGACAUUUAUCGGAUGUUAAGUCGACCAUAUGCUUUUGGUUGCAUACUUCGAUUGAGGACAUCUUCUGAGUUUAAGCCUGGUCAUUCUUAUGGUCAUUUCUUUCCAGAUCCACAAUACGAAAAUGUUCAGCACAUUAUUUGUUGUGAUUCUUAUGCCACAUAUGCCUAUGAUUUUGAUUUUGCAAGUACAGAUGGCUUUUCCAGAUAUGCAUCAGAACAACCUGUGCUUCAGAUUGCAUUUCAGUACACAGUUGUUGUGCCCCCUGAAGAGCUUUCAAAUUCAGGGUUGGUUUCUGCAAGUGGAGGGAAGCAUUCCCUUAAACGGCGAUUGAGGAUCCGAACUUUGCAAUUUGGUGCUGCUCGAAAUGUUAAUGAACUCUAUGACAGUGUUGAUCCUGAAGCUGUCCUAUCAGUUCUUGUUCACAAGGUUAUAUUAGCCUCUCUGGAGCAAGGGGUUCGGGAGGGCAGGAUGUUGCUUCAUGAUUGGCUUGUAAUCCUCACCGCUCAGUAUAAUGAUGCUUAUAAAUUGGUUCAGUUUAAGAAUGGGAGCUUGGUAACUGGUCAGAUUGAUGUUGCAUUCUCACAUUGCCCACAACUGCAGCCCUUACCUCGUCUAGUUUUUGCUUUGCUUCGAAAUCCUCUUCUUCGUUUCCAUGAAGAAGGUGUCCACCCUGACUACCGGAUCUACCUGCAAUGUCUUUUCAGCGCGCUUGAACCAAGUUCCCUUCAUCGUGCAGUAUAUCCGGUACUAAUGUCAUAUUCUACACCAGAUAAACAAGCAUAUCCUCGCCACUCUUUGAGCCGUGCUGCUCUAAUUACCAGUGGUAGUCCAAUAUUUUUCCUUGAUGCAUUUACAACUCUAAUUGUGUUCUACUCAUCUACGGCAGAUCCUGCGCUUCCUUUUCCUCCACCCCAGGAUUGUUUAUUAAGAACAACCAUUAACAAAUUGAAGCAAGACAGGAGUAUAACUCCGAAAUUGAUUUUUAUCCGGGGAGGGCAUGAUGAUGCCUCUGCUUUUGAGCAUUACCUCAUUGAGGAACAGGAUGUUAAUGGCAAUGGCUUCACAAGUGUCAUGGGUUUUGUUUCUUUCCUUGAAGACAUUACCCAGAGUGUGUUGGAAUACAUGAAAUAAGAAGGCCAAUAACAUAAGCUAAUCAUACUCAACAGAAAGUCCUAAGCUCACAAAUUUGGUGGAGGUGCUGAAAUUGGUAAGAAAUGAGCCAAACAUUGAUAUGGAGUACAGCAUGUGUAGUUCAAAACUUUGUUGUGGCGAAAUGAGAUAUGAAAGUUUUGUACCAUUGGAACCAAGCGUGGGUUAUCGAAAUGUGUGUCCCUUCUUAAAUCUGUUGGAAAUUCCCUUCACAAACUACAUACAGAUCACCAUAUUUAGGAACAUAGAUUAGUCAUUUUAUCAAGGUCGCAGGCACUGAAAAUUUGCCUGUGGUUUUUGUUGCAACAACAAUACAGGUGGAUCAAAUUGUGCCAAGAGCUGUUCUUCUAGGGUUUAUAGUUUUUGCUGUUAAGAGGGAAUCAAAUCUGUCAAAUUCAUUAGAGGUAGUAGGUAUUUCUCUUUUUGACUUGAAUUUUACAAUUGGCGAUUGCAUCUCUUGAGAAAUGUAUGAUGUGGCAUGUACUGUUUUUGACAAAUAUAUUUUCUUUGCUCA